AUGGAGAGCGAGCUCCAGCAGAGCCACGAGCAGAACGGCCAGCUGACCGGGAGGCUGCACCGCGCCGAGAGGGAGGCCAGCGCUCUGACCGCUCAGGUCGACAGCCUGAAGCAUUCGCACAAACUAGAGCUGGCCAGCGUCAGGCUGGAGUGUGCUCGCUCCAAAGGAGACAUGGAGAGGGAGAGGGACGCACUGCAGGGACAGAUGGACGGUCUGCAGGCAGACGUUGAGGUGCUGAAGGCGGCGCUGGAGCGAAACAAGGAGGUUGUGUUGGAAAAAGAGAGAGAGAUGGUGAGGAAGGUGCAGUCGGCCCGAGAGGAGGAGUUCCACAAGAUGGCCGCCUUACACGAAGAGAGGCUGGAGCUGGAGAACCGCCUGGCAGUGUUGGAACAGCAGAGGGCGCUGCAGGACUCGUCGGAUCAGACACUGAAGGAGGAGUGGGAGGAACGACUGCGCAGCGCUCAGCAGGGAGAGGAGUCGCUCCGCAGAGAGCUGCAGAACCUCAGAAACAAACUGCAGCAUCAGAGUUCACAGCUAGAGGAGCGAGAGAGACAGAAAGCAGAGAUUAUUGAGCUGCAGCAGCAGAACCAAGAGCUCAGUGUCCAGCUGGGGGCGCUGUCACGCUCUGAAGGCGAGCUGAUGGACGCCAACCGGAGACUGAGGGAGACUCUGGACAGAGUGAGGGAGGAAGCGCGGGCGACCCGGGCCCAGGUGGAGCGGAGCCAGCAUGAGGCAGAGAGGUGCGGCCGCUCGCUCUCUGCCGCUUCCUGUGGGUGCAAUCUUUAGCUGCCUCCACCAAUUCCUAAUCGAUUCAUAUUAUAAAUACUUUAUUGAUCUGACAGGGAAACUAAAUGUUGCUGUAACUCAAUAUAUUCAUGAUUCUUUACAGAGUUAUUACAAAUGGUAAUGGCUGUGGGAAGGAAGAAUCUCUUGUAGCAGUCAGUAUUACAGCAAACUGAAAAGGCCUCUGACUGAAGACACUGUUUCUACGAGAACCUCAUGAAGAGGAAGGCUUCAUGAGUUCCUCUUCAUGAGGAACUCUGAUUGGGUCAUGAUUGGGUCUCUUUAACACGUUGAACAAAUUAAACUAUUACUUAGAACCUAAGUUCACCAACAGUAUGAAUG